AUGGCAAAGAUAACUAAACUAACAGAAGCUCACUUAAAAACAAUUCAAGACAAUGAAACAGCCAUUAAGCAAGCAAUUGACCCAACUGCUAUAAGAAAUGAAAAGUUGCUAAAUUUUCAAGACAUAGAUGCAAUUAAUACUAAAACUGACGAUAAAUCUACCGAUAGAAGUAAUUCUGCAAGAAAAAAUAUCGUCACACGAGCCAUUCGGAGAGCUGAAAGUUUACAAUCCUCUCCUAAAUCCCAAAAAUCCCCAUCAAAAUUUUCAGUGGACAUCAUAAAUACAUCGCCAUCUCCUCGUAAGUCUACACAAUUCUCAACAGAAGGCACUCCAAAAAAUAUAUUUGGAUAUAGAAGGGCAGAAGAUAUUGAGCAGGAAUAUGAAGAAUUAUACAAAAACUAUACAGAAGAAGAAGUUAAAAGAGAUGAACAUAUACAAGCUUUAACAAGGCAGCUGAAUGAAAUUAAAGAAAAAUACGAAAAACUGGUAAAAGAUGGGGAAAAUGAAAGAAAAAAGAGAAAAAUAAGCGAGGAGGGCGUCAGUUAUGAAGAAAUAUUUGGAGAUAUUGAAAAAUCUCAACAGGAGGCCUCAAAAUUUAUUUCUGAAAUUCAAAAUAUUGAAUCAAGAAUACAGAAAUGCCCUUAUUAG